CGAAUACAAGGAGUAACCUAUCUUCAUUUACAGACGCUGUUAAUUAAAAACGCAAAAACGGGUUUCUCCACUCUACUUUUCCAUCUUCUUAAACAACAAGCCAUCAUCAGCCCAUAAUUUUUUUAUUUUUUUUCCAAAUCGUCACCUGCUAAAUCUCUACUUUACUUGGUGACAAGACCCGCGCGCAUUAUCAUUUCGCGAACCUUGACAUCGUAUCCGUUGCCAUUGACAUCUUACAGCUUAACCUCUACUUAAGAAACUACCCAACAGGUAGUUACUAGAUAAGCAAACAUGUCGCAACAACAGACUGCUCCGAUGCUCAUCAACAUCCCUCCCCCACCAUCCAAUCCGGAGACUCCAAGCGAUAUGCCUGGUACUCCUACCAGCACGACCACUUCUCUAUCUACCCUUUCUACCACCGCCAUCAAGGAUGGCCAUCGAGGUCAUGCCUAUCACGGCAUCGGAGGACCCCGAGGCCACCAGCACCAAUCGUCCACAAACAGUCUCGAAGCUGAGCGCGCAGAUCGCAUCAGCCGUCUCGCCGGCCUCGAGCGCGUAUCUACCCUCCGCGCCCCGAAUCAGAGCCAGCAAGGCGGUUCCCCGAACCUAGCCCAGACGACCUCGACAACCGCCGCCCAGCAGCAGCAGGCCGCCGCCCUCACGCCCGCGUACUUCGACUCGAACGGCCAGCCGACGGCCAUCACCAAAGUGAGCACGGUGGGCACUGCCUCCGCGACGGGUAGUGUCGGGGCGCGGACGACCACGGAGGCAGGUGACCGGUUCGGCGAGGACGAUGACGAUGACGACAUGGACGCCGAGCUGACCGAGGUCGACGAAGAUGGCAUCAGCAUCAGCAUGGACACCAAUUACCGCGCCAUGGACGUGGACAGCACGUCCGGCGCCAUCGACCCCAUGGACGAGGACAUCGCGAGCCGCUCGAUCGGCGGUUUCGAGGACCGCAUGAGCGACGACGGAACCGCUAGCCUCGUAGGCUUCGGCGAGGGCGCGAACAGCACCGUCAGCGGCCCCAUCUACCACCGAAGGCCGCUGCCUGGCGCGGCGGGCAUCUGGGGUCUGGAACGCAGCAGCUCGGGCUUGAGCCAGGAGGCUAUUACGGCCCGGAGUCGAGAGAUACGCGAUGUGGCCGCGAGCGAUACCCCCGUCAGCGCGACGGUCGCGGCGGAGACGCGUCAAGCGAAAUACGUAGACGGCGUAGCGGUAGACGGUGGCGGACACGUAGGCACUUCGGAUGAUGACGUGUUCGUCGACACUACCACGCGCGGACCCAUACCCGUUCAGCCGGGCCAGCCGCGGACGAGCGCUCUUCGAGAAGGCGUUGGCGGCCCCGCGUCACGGGAAGCCGCAGAGCGCAUCGUGCGUGAGCGUCUCGACGGCGGCGAAGGCGGGCGCGCGCCUAUCCUAGGAAGCUCGAAGGACGGGGAUAAGUUAGGGAAGUUCUACUUUGAGGAGAAGAAGUAGGAUUUGACUACGUAAUGUCGACUGCGGACCGAAAUUUGUUACCUGCCUCCUAGGUAUCUUAUCUAUCACAGGGGGUGGCCUUCCUGAUUAGUUUGGUUGUUUUGUUUUAUCUUGUUUAAUUUGUGUAUGAUUUGUUAUCACUCACCAAUUAGGUAUGUUAUGGUUAUGGAGUUAUAUCGGCGCACUAAAGGCGAAAACUACUAAAUCGACCUCGAUAUUGGAACGGUGGAUGGACGGUAGAGGGGCGGGUUCAACUUCAACCAAUUUGUCUCUUGCUGGCCUGAUAGAUAAUAAUGGUUAGGCAUCACAGAAGAGACAUACCUUAGGUAUACACCGUAGGUGG